AAAUACAACGCUGACUACGAUCUGUCGGCGAAGGAGGGCGCCGACAGCCUGGCCUUCAUCUCUCUGAUGGAGGAGAAGCUCAAACCUGCUCUGAUCUACUCGCUCUGGAUCGAGCCGAAGAACUACGUGGACGUGACGCGCCGCUGGUACGCGGAGCACAUGCCCUUCCCUCUGAACUUCUUCCUGCCCGGGCGAAUGCAAAGCAGGCAGCUGGAGAAACUGCGACUGCAGCGAGGAAACGAGAGCCUGGAGGCCGGAGAGGAGCUGGAGAAAGAGUUGUUCCGUGAUGCCGCAGAGUGUAUGAACCUGCUGUCCCAGCGCCUCGGCUCACACAAGUUCUUCUUCGGGGACUCGCCUUCGUCUCUGGACGCCUACGUGUUCGGUCACUUGGCGCCCAUCCUGAAGUCCAAACUGCCCAACGGGAAACUGCAGCAGCACCUGAAGUCCCUCGACAACCUGAGCAGCUUCUGCACCAACGUCCUGCUGCUCUACUUCCCCAGAGACGGCAGAGAGAGCUCCAGUCAGAAGACGUCCUCCCAGCCCGAAGGCGGAGACUUCGACCACGUCCCCAACAAGCGCAGGAAGCAGCUGCUGUCUGCUCUGGUGGCUCUGGGCGCCAUGCUGAGCUACGCCCUCCUGACCGGCAUGGUGUCCAUCCAGCACGUCCAGCAGGAGGCGGCGCCGCGCCUGCAGACCAUCGGAUCCCAGGAGGAGGACGAGGGAGACGGCUGAGGAGGUGCAGGUUAAAACCAGCGGCAUCAUGGGACUUUAUGGAGUGAAAAUGCUGAGGAUCCAGAUGUUAGCUGUGUCUCACUGAAGAGUUCUUCCCGUCAACGAAGACGCAUCCAGGCGCCGUUCAGCAGACAGGAAGUGGCUGUCAGGGCUGGUUCCUGUAAAUAAAUGAAUUAAAAGAUAA